AUGGUGCACCAGGGCGUAUCGGUCGAGACAGCGGCAGGGCUGGAAUCGCGGCGAGGAUCUGAGCCAGCAGAGCGGUUGAGAUGGUAUCACGACAACGAGAAGGCGACAAAAUCACCGCAGGACAUGGUCCGCGAGUCAGCCUCGUUCCAAGCCGAUGGCGGCGCAGGCUGGGCCGAGACCAAUGGGCAUGCCACCAAGGGACGAAUGGCUGGAUCUGAUCUGAGGCAGAGGCGAGGGAAAGGAUGGAGGAGCGGAGGAGGAGCGACAGAAUCGGACGGCGGAAAGGAGAGGCCCGAGAUCCAGAGCGCGAGCAGGGCUCGAGUAUCGUCAAGAGUGUUUCGUGUGGCGGCGAUUGGGGCCUCGCUGUCGUUUCUGCAGCGCUGGAGCUUCUUGCAGAAAGGGCACACGCCGUUGCGAGCUGCUAAGCCCUUCUGGGCGCUGGGGCGGCGUUAG